CCUCAGGGGCUGGUAGCUGCGGGGACAGACCAGGGUCGGUGUAUGGCCACGGAGUUACGGUGUCCGGACCCAAUGCCCUGUCACAACCAACAAGUGAACUCUGCCUCUACUCCAAGUCCCGAGCCGCCGCCACCUGGCGACCUGGUCCCAGAUCACGACCUGGUCCCGGAUCACGUGCGGGGAAGCAGCGCCUCCAAGGCCCAGCCGACUCUCCCCAGCAGUCACGCCCAUUCCAGCGAGCCAGGGGAGGGGAGCCCUCAGGCCUGCGAUGGCGACAGCCUCAACUCGGAGAGCAGCGGUGGCAACGGGAAUUAUGACGCAUCGGCCAGUGACUCCUUCCCAAGGGACGACCAAGUCUCCUGGCAGAUUGGGGCUCAGCUUAAGUUGCUACCCAUGAAUGAGCAGAUCCGGGAGCUGCAGACCAUUAUCCGGGACAAGACAGCCAGUAGAGGAGACUUCAUGUUUUCUGCGGAUCGUUUGAUCAGACUUGUUGUGGAAGAGGGAUUGAAUCAGCUACCAUAUAAAGAAUGCAUGGUAACCACUCCAACAGGGUACAAGUAUGAAGGAGUGAAAUUCGAGAAGGGAAAUUGUGGCGUCAGCAUAAUGAGAAGCGGUGAGGCAAUGGAACAAGGUUUACGAGAUUGCUGUCGAUCCAUACGCAUUGGAAAGAUCCUCAUUCAGAGUGAUGAGGAGACACAAAGAGCCAAAGUAUAUUAUGCCAAGUUCCCUCCAGACAUUUAUAAGAGAAAAGUCCUGCUGAUGUACCCAAUUCUCAGCACUGGAAAUACUGUAAUUGAAGCUGUAAAGGUUCUUAUAGAACAUGGAGUUCAACCCAGUGUCAUCAUCCUACUAAGUCUGUUCUCCACCCCUCAUGGUGCCAAAUCAAUCAUUCAAGAGUUUCCAGAGAUAACAAUUUUAACUACUGAAGUUCAUCCUGUUGCACCUACACAUUUUGGACAGAAAUACUUUGGAACAGACUAAGUUAUUGAAGGAAAAAUAAUUGUCUUGUGUAAUAUUACAGUUAUAUUUUGAGAUUUUACCUAUUUUACUGAUUCACUUGAGGAAUGGCAGAGAAAAUUGUGUUAAAGAUGCUUUAUAACUUUUGGAAAUGAAUAUAAUAAAAAGAAGAUCUUUGAGGUUUAUUUUAUUUUGUUUGGUUAUUUUUUGACUGUCGGCACCAAAUUUGUCAAUGAAUCACACAAAACUCUUAGAAAA